UGCUUUUUUUGUAUAUUUUUUGGAUCUAGUUGUGUUGUCAUGUUAGAUUCCAAAUUUAUGCUUUUCGGACAUGAGUAUAAAAUUUAAGCUUUGCCAAGACAAAAAUGUUGUAGAAGACAUUCACAUGGAAGCUUUUGAUGUACAAAAUAUAACUGAAUAUCGAAAAAACUUAAAAAGUCUUCAACAAAACGUUAAUAACAUUUUAACUGAACUCGUAAAGAACGAUUGUUUGUAGAAAAUUCGCGAGAAAAUAUUUCGGGUACCGAUUCUGAAGAAGAAAGAAGUCCAAAACGGAACACCAGUGUAGAGAGAAAUCCACAGAAAAACAAACUUAAAAAGAUAUAAAUUGUCAAAACUCAUUUGCAUUAUUUUUGCAAUGUCUGCCUCAGUGUUUUUUGUAAAUGCUGAUUCCAGUGAAGACAAAACUGAGGUCCAAUGUGUUGAUGACCAAUCCCAAACCCAAAGUGAAGCGCAGGUUUCAUUAAAUCGCUUUUGGCCUAAGGUUAUGGAAGAAAUUAGGGGAAUAAAAAAUCUGGAUUUAAAGCAGCAGGUUCUCCCUUUGGCACGCAUAAAAAAAAUUAUGAAACUGGAUGAAGAUGUUAAAAUGAUAAGCGCUGAAGCACCUUUGCUUUUUGCAAAAGCUGCAGAAAUAUUCAUACAUGAACUUACCUUACGUGCUUGGAUACAUACAGAAGACAAUAAAAGAAGAACCUUGCAGAGGAACGAUAUAGCAAUGGCAAUUACCAAAUACGAUCAGUUUGAUUUUUUGAUUGACAUUGUUCCACGGGAAGAUAUAAAACCUUCAAGAAGGGAGGAUGGAACUCGCCCAGCGAAUUCUGACCAGGUGCAUUAUUACUUCCAACUUGCUCAACAACAUCAUGCAAACUUGCAACAAAACAGUACAUCUCCCACAACUACUGCAUCAACAACAGUUGCACAGCCUCAGGGUGCAAUCCAGAUAGUCCAACCACAAGUUCAAACUGUCCAAUUGGAACAGACAACACCCAGCUCUUCACCAGAAACAGCAACUCAAACACCAAUCAUACUGCAACCAGCUCAAACAGUUGCCCAGAGUCAGCCAGGAAAUGUACAAAUUAUACAGCAAAUUGUUACUCCAAGUGGUGAAAUUCAACAAAUUCCAAUUCAGCUAACACCACAACAAUUGCAAAUGAUAAAGAUGCAACUACAAGGUAAUUCGUCGCAACCUGUUAUCAUUCAGGCAGCACCUCUUGCAACAACUGGAACACAACCCCAAAUUAUUCAGGUAGCUCAGCAAAAUGGUAGUACCCAACAGGUAUUUCUUGCGCAGACCAGCAGUAAUGGUGAUAAUGAAUAAGUUUUUAAAAACAAUAAUGAUACUAAUGUAUUUUAUGCUGGAGUACAAUUUUAAAAAUAAAAGUAGGUAUGUUAUUUUCUUUUUCUUUAUUGAUGAAUUUAAUGAUUCAAGAAACUGUCGCCAAUCCGUCAA